CUCUCUCUCUCUCUCUCUUCCUCGCUGCCUCUUUCUCCUUCGCCACUUUCUGCCUUCCUCUCCAUCCUCCCUGUCCUCUGCUUUCUCUCUCUCUGUGUGCUCUACAUUUCCUCUUUCUCUUUGAAUCCUGUACGGGACAGAUUUCUUUGUGAAGCUUUUUUUUCUCCGCUGUUUGGCCCGCUUAAGAAGGCCCGCCUGGAAGCUCUCUACAUUUCUGUUCUUCUCUUUUUUUCUAUCACCAUUUUUUCUAUGAGGCUCUAGCAUCAGUUUUGUUCUAUCAGGGAAAGAAAAUGCCACGUUCCUUUUUGGUGAAGCAGCCGAAGGUUCAUGAUUUCUCGUCUUCCAACUACUACCAUCAGCAGCAGCAGCAGCAGUGGGACGACUCUUACACUGUGACACAUGCCAUCACAGAGUCGGCCACCAACUUGGCGGUGCGUUUGAGUGAAAAUGGCUACAUCCAGGAUUACGUCAUCCCCUCAGUGUUGCAGAGCACAAAGGAGCCGGGUCAUGAGCAGACUGGGCUCUCCUCACUGCCCCUGUACUCCCCAGGUGGCAGCGCCGGGGAAGAGUUCUCUGACCACGACAUGGAGCAUCCAGACAGUCCCGUCUCCAGCAGCACAGUGGAGUCAGACAGUAGCAGCGCUGAUUUAGAGGCAUGCAGCAUCAAUGCCUACCUGGUCUCUGAUGGCCGCUCCCGCAGGAGGCCCAAGCAGAGGUGUCCCCGCAAGGGAGGCAGCCAAUCAGACAGUGGUGAUGAUGUCAGCUCGGCAGACAGCAGCCCCACCAAAGGGACAUCGACAGGGCGCCACAUGUGCGGGGAGUGCGGCAAGUCUUACGCCACGUCUUCCAACCUGAGCAGACACAAGCAGACUCACCGCAGCCUGGACAGCCAGCAGGCCAGGAAGUGUCCCAGCUGCCACAAGGUGUACGUGUCCAUGCCGGCGCUGGCAAUGCACAUGCUGACACACGACCUGAAGCAUGAGUGCACGGUGUGUGGCAAAGCCUUCAGUCGGCCUUGGCUCCUGCAGGGCCACAUGAGGUCCCACACCGGGGAGAAACCGUUCGCCUGCGCCCACUGCGGCAAAGCCUUCGCCGACCGCUCCAACCUGCGUGCCCACAUGCAGACGCACUCGGCCUUCAAACAUUACUCCUGCAAACGCUGCAACAAAACCUUCGCACUCAAGUCCUACCUGAACAAGCACUACGAGUCUGCCUGCUUCAAAGGGCUCGAACCAGAGGACGACUGCAGCUCUGAGGACUGAUGGGAAAAUAUUAUUUUUCUUUUCAAUUUAUACACUUUUUAAUAGUCAUACAACAAGUUCAGAGAAAAGCUUGCCACUUCUUAGGCUUGCCACAUGCAUGCAUCAUAAUCCUGCCUUUUGAUAUAAGCAAUAACCUCACAAAAUAAAUUAUUCAGGAAUUAUGUAUGAAAUUCAUAAAAAUCUGAGUGUUGAUCACAAAUAUAAAAUAUUUUAUAUUGUUUUUUAUAAAUUGAAUUGCAAUAAUUUACAUGCCAGUAUUAUUUUAUAUGCCAAGUAGCUCUUAAUUUACCUCAAACGUAUCUUAUACAUGUAAAGAUGUAUUUGUAUUUAUUUAUUUAUUUAUUUGUUUGCUGAUUUUUAAGGUUAUUUAUUUAUUAUUGAUUGAUGUAUUUAUGAAUUGAACAUGGACUUAUUAGAAGCCAUGAAUUGGAUUUGUUAAAAACAAAGCCUCGAUAU